ACAGAGAGAGUACGGAUACGAAAAUUUUCAACCGUGCAUCUACUUAGUUCUAAUUUAGUGCUAGUCGAAAUACCAUCUCUCCUCUCUUCAAGGAGUGGGUCAAGCGAAAAUCAGUAAACGAUACGAGUAUUGCGCGACUCCAAAACCAUAAACUCGCCGCAAGGAUAAUGCGCUUAAGUAACGUUAAUGGCAGAAGCACGAUUGAUAUCACAUAAUAAUACGAGUGAAAUUUGAACUGAGCAAAUGGUAAUAUUUCGUUAUAGUGAUGGAUUCUAACCGAAAGUGAAGGGUUUCAAUUCAGUUGACCCAAGGUAGGAGUGCAUCAAAUUAAUUUGUUAUAAUGUUAACGGAAUACGUUGAUUGCGCAAGACGAGAAUGUUAGUUUCACUGUUUGAGAUUGUGUACGAUUAUAUCCGCUGACAAGUGGUUGAGUAAAUAUAUUCCCAGUUCUACAUAUUGUAUGCAGUUUCAAUAGAAAAAGCAACGGUGACAAGUGUUUGGCGAAAAAAGUGUUUAUUUACUACAACGGUGAGGUGAUUACUCAAGUGUUUUGUGAGGCUCGCCCCAGCCAAAGAAAAGAGAGAUCAUAAAUUCCACAUUAUCCAUACUCAAGUGUUCCGAUAAAAUGUUACACCUAAAUAAAUCUAGUACUAGUACGUAUUGCCAAAGGAACUGUUUCAACGGCAGAAGGAAAUUUUUCACAAUGCUAUUAAUCUUUCUGCUAUACAUGGUGUCCCAGGUGCAAUCCUGUGGACCAGGUCGCGGUAUUGGAGGUCCACGAAGAACCCGCAAAUUGUUACCGUUGGUGUUCAAGCAGCAUGUACCGAAUGUUAGUGAAAAUUCACUCGGUGCAUCAGGGAUGCAAGAAGGAUCAAUUUCUCGAAACGAUACCAAGUUUCGCAAUUUGGAAACCAACUACAAUAAAGAUAUUAUCUUCAAAGAUGAAGAAGGCACCGGUGCCGAUCGUGUUAUGACCCAGCGUUGCAAAGAAAAGCUCAACAUCUUAGCAGUAUCGGUCAUGAACCAAUGGCCCGGACUACGACUGAUGGUCACCGAAGGGUGGGAUGAAGAUCACAUGCACGCCCGAGAAUCUCUACACUACGAGGGUCGGGCAGUAGAUAUUAUGACAUCGGAUAAGGAUCGUUCCAAAAUUGGAAUGCUGGCGCGGCUCGCCGUCGAAGCAGGCUUCGAUUGGGUAUUCUACGAAAGCCGCAGUCACAUACACUGCUCCGUCAAGUCAGAUUCGUCGCAAUCAAAUCAUGCUAGUGGAUGUUUCACCGGAGAUGGCACAGUACAAACAGCCAAUGGCGAAAAGCGAAAACUCAGCGAACUUAAGAUUGGAGAAAAGGUACUCAGUGUCGAUAGUUCAGGGAACACCGUUUUCAGUGAAGUGAUGAUGUUUAUGGAUCGGGACACUCACCAGAGUCGUGAAUUUGUGCACAUUGAAGCUGAUGGUGGUGCUCAACUGACAGUGACGCCGGCGCAUCUAGUAAUGGUGUGGCAAAAAGGAAUUACCGAAGUCAGAUACCUGUUUGCUGAUCGAAUCCAGGAAGGCGAUUUCAUUCUGGUCAACAUUAACAAUAACUUGGAACCCCGAAGAGUACUCCGAAUAUCGUCAAAAUUAUCUCUCGGCGUCUACGCACCUCUGACCCGAGAGGGCACCGUUGUAGUUGAUUCAAUUGCCGCCUCCUGCUACGCACUCAUAGAUAGCCAAACGAUAGCGCAUCUCAGUUUUAUGCCGUAUCGAACGGUUACUAAAAUUAUGAAUCUAUUUUACUCUAGCAGUCAGAGUAAUAGUUUGAGUUUGCCUCGACAUGAAGGCAUACAUUGGUACGCCAAAUCAUUGUAUGCGAUCAAAGACUACUUAAUACCAGUAAACUGGCUGUAUCAUUAGCAGAAGAUCGAAAUCUCUAUUCGAUAAAGAAGUUGGUUCCAUAUUGUACAUUUUGUAUAUUACUGUUUACGCAACAAAACGAUUCCAUUUGUUCCCGAAAAACCAUUACAAAAGCGCGAUAGAGUGUGAGAUAAUCCUAAAUUAUACACGAACGAUCGAGACAAUAUGGAAGUGUUCAUACCCUCUCAACGCCGCCCAAUGUGCCAGCGGGAUGGUAAAGUAAUUGUAUUUGCUUAGCAACCUUCGGAAUGUUUGUGAAACGCUCCUUGAUAUUUAAUGACAGCCAAUCUUGACAAGAGACAGUGGUUAAGUUUAUUACUUUUUACCCGCGGAGAUGUUUAGUUUUUGUAAGUAGGACGAAUAAAACAAAUAAUUUAUUCUAAUUGUAAAAAGCUUUUAACAUAAUUAAUGUGUAAAUCUUGAUCCAAAAAUUUUAUUGUUAAUAUUGUUUGAUAAAAUUUGGCCAGUGAACAAUCUGCUUUUCUGUCAAAAAGCGCACCUCUAGGCUUGAGACGAAAGAACGUAUUUUGAUGAUAUGGAUAAAUGAGUAAUAGUAUUUAUUAAGUAGCAUUAUGUAACUACAAGAAAAGUGAUAUCUAAUUAUAAUUUGAAUAUAUCGGAAUAUUAUUUAUAAUUGAAUAGUAACAAAAGACAGUCGUGAAAAAUGAAAAUGAACAAAAGCUUGCAAGUAAUUAAAAAACUUGCAACCAACCCUUGCAAUAUUUCAAAAACAUUCUAUUCCAGCAAACACUUUAUUUGUAUCGAAGUUGAAUGCAAGAAAUAAGCGCUGAAACAUUUCUUAGCAAAGACUCAAGCUCGUUUUAGUAAACAAACUGUUCGGCCACAGUUACAGUAACUUUUCGUUCCCAUAUCGGAAAAGAAUACCUUCCAUUUGAAACUACAUUUUGUACAUAUAGUGAAAUACGAGACUCCAG